AUGAGCAAACUUGCGCGUGCACUGCAACUCUGUGGUCAACUAGACAAGGCGGAAGAGAUCCAGCGGCAGGUAUUCUCUCUGCGGGAAGAGAACCUUGGAUAUCGACAUCUCAAAACCAUCACGGCUAUGGGCGACCUGGCUGCAACCCUGUCCAGCCGUGGUCAGCUCGAGGAGGCGGAGAUCAUGCAAAGAGACGUGCUAUAUCUGUGCUUUGAAUGUCUUGGGGAAAGACACCCGAACACGAUCGAGGCAAAGAGCGACCUCGCCCUCACCCUUUACAAUCAAGGCCAGCUAGAGGAGGCGGGGGCAGAGGGACAAGAGGUACUAACUCUACGGUUAAAGACCGUUGGACAGCGGAAUCCAGAUACGAUCAAGGCGAUGCGAAACCUCGCGGCUACCCUGUUCAACCGUGGUAAGAUGGAAGAGGCCGAAAAGAUUCAGAGUCAGGAACUUGCUUUGUGGCAAGGGAUCUUUGGACCGUAUCAUCCGGGCAUAAUCAAUGCAAGAAGUAGAUUUGCUGUGACGCUGUCGAAGAUUGGCUACCUGGACGUGACUGAAGAUAUUCAGAGAGACAUACUUCGUCUACAGACGGAUAUUCUGGGACAACGACAUCCAGACAUGAUCAGAGCCAUGGGUGCCAUCGCACUCACACUUUGCGAACGGGGUAAACUGGAGGAGGCAAAAGCAAUGCAGAGAGAGGUACUUGGUCUACUAUAG